AUGUUGUCUUCGACGAAACGACCCUGGCCCACGGUCGCUCUCGCCUUCACGAUAGUCUGUCUCCUGUUGAUCUGGAUCUCGUCACAUCGACCGGGUCUGUCCCAUCCGAGGCCUGGAACGGACGACUGGAAACCACCGUCCCCUGCCCAGUCGCAACCUGUACCACCAGAAUCCCCACCGGCCGAAUAUCAGCGCGAAGACGAGUAUAAACAUUAUGCCGAAUCGCAUCCCCAACCCUCACGUUCGCCCUCGGCCAAACCGGAUGCCCGUCCUCGUCCGGCACCGGAACCCGAGCAGGUCGUGGAAGUAAACGUCAAUCCCGCCGGCAAUGCAACCUUGGGAUUUCAGAAAAUUUACUACAUUAGCAUGCCGCAGUUCGUCUCGCCUGGUGACCUCCCCAUCUCCCGUCAUCGUCUCCAUCCUGCCGGGGUGGUGGCUGUUCGCCUCGAUCGUCAGGAUGCCAUUUCACUCAUCAGCUCUUUGACGGGACUGUCGACCACGCUCGAGCCUGGGGUCAAUGGCAGUCUGAUACAGCAAAAGGCCAAGCCCGACGGUAGUGGAAUUCUUCGCCCCGAGCAGCUCGGAUGCUGGCGCGCCCAUGCCAAUGUCUGGAAACGCAUGUUGGACGAGGACAUUGAAUCGGCCAUGGUCAUCGAGGAUGAUGUGGACUGGGAUGUCCACGUGCGUGACAUCUUCACUGAAAUGAGUGCCCAACUCGCCGAGCAGACUCUCUUUCCCAAUCUCUCCCAUGCGGUGAACUCGUCCACCGCCCCAUAUGGCGCCGGAUGGGAUCUUCUCUACAUCGGCUCCGCCUGGGACAUUCCCAACACGAACAACCGGCCCCCACAUCUACUCUAUCACGAUCCCUUCGCACCCACCCGCAACAACACCGGCGGUGCCUACGUCAGCGAGCUCGAGGGAUGGGGCGCCAUUGUCAAUCACACAUCCCGACACCGCUUGAUCUCUCCCUCGUGGUAUCCCGUCUCCACGAUCGGGUACGCCGUCUCCAAAAGAGGCGCCCAGAAGUUACUCUACAAUCUGGGCGGGUAUCAGGGAUUGACCGCACCGGUGGACUUGGCCAUGAUCGGACUGAUUCAAAAGGGAAUCGUGGAGUCAUAUACGAUCAUCCCGCCAAUGAUCACGCGGUACAAGACGGGAGGAUCGCGAGAUAGCGAUAUUGACGAGGCCAAGCCCGAGGAUGCGAAUGGGGGGACCGGGUCGGAGAACUUGAAUUCGAGUGCGAGGAAGGCAUUGGAUGCGUUGCGCAGACCACAUGCCCGUUGA